AUGCGAGGGCUUGGAUUGUGCUUACUUGCAGCCAGUGUGGCGGCCCAGGGAAUCACAGUGUCAGAUGUCAGCUACAGUUACACGGCAACCUUUACAGUGACACAUUGGGAUACAUUCACAACGACAACCUGUGCCUGUACAUCCACAUCCUCGACACCGUUGGUGUCCAACGACCCUGCACUCACUUAUUCGACUCCCGCAACGACUGGACCUUCCUCAUCAGGCACAUCCUCAACUACGACCAGCUUGACACCUCUGCUUCCGGAUGGUACUCUCACCCCUUCCUUUACCUUGACAAGCGACGCGGGCGCACCUGGCUCAAGCACAAGCCCGGGAGGUGGUAUUCCAACAAUAUCCACCUCAACAUCGGCCGCAGGAAGCGAGCCGUCGGUCACCAACUCAGCCUACAUCAAUGCAAUCCUAAGGCAUCACAAUAUCCAUCGCACAAACCAUUCAGCCAAUGCAUUAAGCUGGUCAUCCAGCCUGGCAGAGACCGCAAGAGUAAUUGCACAAACUUGUAUUUACGCACACAAAACCGAUGUUGGCGGUGGCGGUUAUGGGCAAAACAUCGGCGCAGGCUACCCAGAGUCUCCAUUGUCGAUGGGCCAAUUCGUCACUGAGGGGCUUUACAACAGCGAAGUGAACAAGUAUACGGCGUACGGCAGCGAGCCCAACCUUGGCGACUUCGGGAUAUGGGGUCACUUCACUCAGGUCGUCUGGAAGAGUACAGACAGCGUUGGAUGCUAUACGGCAGAUUGCACCAACAGCGGUCUAGCGAAUGCCCCUGGAAUUCCGCCGUUCUUCACCGUUUGUAACUACGCUCCGCCAGGCAAUUUUGCCGGAAUGUUCAACGUCAAUAUUGGAACCUCCAUCGGGUUGGCUACCGUUUAUGGUGAUUAUUGA